ACACUAAUCAUAAAAAGUCACUAUUUGAUUUUGAAUUCGGGAAAAUCAAAAUGGGUAACAAAUCCUCUGCUCAAAGUUCAACACCUUCUUUGCCGAUUGAUUCUACCUUCAAUCUUCCUUCUCCAUUACCAUCUUGGCCUUCAGGAGAAGGAUUUGCGAAAGGGAGAAUCGAUUUGGGAGGUCUUGAAGUUUUCCAAGUAGAAACAUUUAACAAAGUAUGGACUGUAUACGAAGGAGGACAAGAUAAUCUCGGAGCCACUUUCUUUGAGCCGUCUUCAGUACCUGAAGGCUUUACGAUUCUCGGGUUCUACGCUCAACCUAAUAACCGCAAGCUUUUCGGAUGGACACUUGUCGGAAAAGACCUCUCCGGCGACUCUUUGAGACCGCCGGUGGAUUAUCUUCUUCUUUGGAGCGGCAAAUCUACAAAGAUAGAAAACAACGGGGUUGAAACUGGAUACUUUUGGCAGCCUGUACCUCCUGAUGGUUAUAGUGCAGUGGGUCUAAUCGUGACAACCUCCGAUGAGAAACCUCCUCUAGACAAGAUCCGUUGUGUCCGUUCCGAUUUGACCGAUCAAUCCGAGUCUGACGCUCAGAUAUGGGAAUCUAAUGGGUUUAGCGUUUCCAGUUCUAAACCUAUUAACAGAGGAACACAAGCCUCUGGAGUCUGCGUUGGCACGUUCUUCUCAAACUCUACAAGUCCGACCUUACCUUGUCUGAAAAACAACAAAUUCGAUUUUUCUUGUAUGCCAAGCAAGCUCCAGAUCGAUGCUCUGUUUCAAGCUUACGCCCCUUGGAUCUAUUUCCACAAGGAUGAGAAGUAUCUCCCAUCAUCUGUCAACUGGUUCUUCAGCAACGGCGCCUUGCUUUACAAGAAAGGCGAGGAAUCAAACCCAGUUCCAGUCGAACCAAACGGUUUAAACCUUCCCCAAGGUGAAUCCAACGACGGUCUCUACUGGUUAGACCUACCUGUCGCUUCUGACGCAAGGAAACGAGUUCAAGGUGGUGAUUUGCAGAGCAUGGAAGUGUAUCUACACAUAAAACCUGUUUUCGGUGGAACAUUCACAGACAUAGCCGUGUGGAUGUUUUAUCCGUUCAACGGCCCGUCACGAGCCAAGCUCAAGGCCGCUACAAUCCCGUUGGGGAGAAUCGGCGAACACAUUGGAGACUGGGAACAUUUCACUCUCCGAAUAAGUAACUUCAGCGGCAAGUUACAUCGGAUGUAUCUGUCGCAACACAGCGGAGGAAGCUGGACAGAUGCUUCGGAGAUCGAGUUUCAAGGCGGAGGAAACAAACCGGUGGCUUAUGCUUCUUUGAAUGGACAUGCAAUGUACUCAAAACCGGGACUUGUGUUACAAGGCAAAGACAAUGUGGGGAUCAGGAACGAUACCGGAAAGAGUGAAAAAGUAAUUGAUACGGCGGUUAGGUUCAGGGUUGUUGCAGCAGAGUAUAUGAGAGGAGAAGUGGAGGAGCCGGCUUGGUUGAAUUAUAUGAGACAUUGGGGACCAAAGAUUGAUUAUGGUCAUGAAAAUGAGAUUAGAGGUGUGGAGAAGAUUAUGGUUGGGGAGAGUCUUAAGAAUACGUUUAGGAGUGCGGUUAAAGGAUUGCCUAACGAAGUUUUUGGAGAGGAAGGACCUACUGGUCCGAAGUUGAAGCGGAAUUGGUUAGGUGAUGAGGAUUGAAUCUUUCUGUUAUUUUUUUUUUCGG